AUGUUCAAAAAAAUUAUUAUAGAAUUUAUUGUUAAAAAAAUAAAUUACAGAGAUAAUAGUGAACCUCGAAGUGACUCAUACGCAUCACGUUCAUUAUCACGUAGAUUACUGUUUGAUGACGAAAAUGAUGAUGAAGAAAGCCAUAUAGCUGAUGGUUAUAUACCAAAUAGGCCACGUCAAGUAUCAUCAUCUCAUGUAACUCACGUGAAUAAAAGAAUUUAUCCAGGACCAUCUUCUCCACAAGUGCUCCCAGAUGAUGAUGAACCAAUGCCAAGGGCUAUACGUCAACGUAGACUUCCUUUAAUCAGCACGCUACCUUUAGUCACUUCGAUAGACUACUACUCAAAUCCAUACCGAAACACGUCAAAAAGUGAUAUUAGUAUUGGUACUGCUGGUAGUGCUAGUGGUUGUAAUGGUGCCGGUGAUACCAGCGGUAGUGAUGUUCCAUUAUCGGUUCGAUAUCCUAUCAAUGCUGAUAUACCAUCACCUUCUCCAAAUUCUACACAUAAUUUUCGCGUUUAUAGACAAGAAAACAACUAUGGUGUACGAUUACCUGGUAAUUAUGGUUGGAGAGAACCAAAUGUAUUAGGAAGUUAUUACGGUAGUAUGGCACCGCAUAAUCGAACAACAAGUGAUGUUAACAGUGCUUGUACUAUAGUUUAUGCAGGUAGUCGAAUGAGACCGACAAUAAGGGUAAUAAAAGCACAACCUGGAAAUAUACCACUUAGUGAUUCAGAUAAUGAUGAACCAAGGUGGGCAAUCGUAUAA